CCGCGCAAAGCGCCCCUCCUCCUUCCAGUCUUCCAAGAUGAGCUACACGCUGGAGCCUCUGAGCAACCCGUCGUACCGGCGGGUGGCCGAGAGCCGGACCGCCUUCAGCCGGGCCAGCGUGUCGCCGUCGAGCGGCUUCAGGUCCCAGUCAUGGUCGCGGGGCUCGCCCAGCACCGUCUCCUCCUCCUACAAGCGCAACCUGGGCGCGCCGCGGGCUUCGUACGGCUCGACGGUGCUGAGCUCCUCGGAGAGCCUGGAGCUGAGCCAGUCGUCGCUCUUCAACGGCGGCGGGGGCGGCGGCGGCGGCGGGGACUUCAAGCUGAGCCGGGCCAACGAGAAGGAGCAGCUGCAGGGCCUGAACGACCGCUUCGCCGGCUACAUCGAGAAGGUGCACUCGCUGGAGCAGCAGAACAAGGAGCUGGAGAGCGAGAUCGGGGCGCUGCGGCAGAAGCAGGCGGGCCGCUCGCUGCUGGGCGACGCCUUCGAGCAGGAGCUGCGGGAGCUGCGCUGCGUCCUCGAGCAGGUCAACCACGAGAAGGCGGCGCUGCAGCUCGACUCCGAGCACCUGGAGGAGGACAUCCAGCGCAUCAAGGAGCGCUUCGAGGAUGAGGCCCGCCUCCGCGAGGACACCGAGGCCAUCAUCCGCGCCCUCCGCAAGGACAUCGAGGAGGCGUCGAUGGUCAAGGUCGAGCUGGACAAGAAGGUGCAGUCCCUGCAGGACGAGGUGGCCUUCCUCCGCGGCAACCACGAGGACGAGGUGACCGACCUGCUGGCCCAGAUCCAGGCCUCGCACGUCACCGUCGAGCGCAAGGACUACGUGAAGACCGACCUGACGGCCGCCCUCAAGGAGAUCCGCUCCCAGCUCGAGUGCCACUCCGACCAGAACAUGGUCCAGGCCGAGGAGUGGUUCAAGUGCCGCUACGCCAAGCUCACCGAGGCCGCCGAGGCCAACAAGGAGGCCAUCCGCUCGGCCAAAGAGGAGAUCGCCGAGUACCGACGGCAGCUCCAGGCCAAGAGCAUCGAGCUGGAAUCCGUCCGCGGUACCAAGGAGUCCCUCGACCGCCAGCUGAACGACAUCGAGGAGCGACACAACCAAGACCUCUCCACUUACCAGGAGACGAUUCAGCAGCUGGAAAAUGAACUGAGAGGUACAAAAUGGGAAAUGGCCCGUCAUUUGAGGGAAUACCAGGACCUCCUCAAUGUCAAGAUGGCCCUUGAUAUUGAGAUUGCCGCAUACAGGAAACUUCUUGAGGGUGAAGAGACAAGAUUUAGUGCCUUCUCUGGAAGCAUCACUGGGCCAAUGUUUACACACAGGCAACCCUCUGUAACAAUAUCAAGUAGCAAAAUACAGAAAUCAAAAGUUGAAGCUCCAAAACUAAAGGUCCAACACAAGUUUGUAGAAGAAAUAAUUGAGGAGACAAAAGUAGAGGAUGAGAAAUCUGAACUGGAUGAAGCCUUGGCGGCUAUGGCUGAAGAACUGGCUGCCGGAGCACCACAAGAAGAGGAGGAAGAGGCAGAGGAGGGAGAAGCUGUGGAAGAAGAAAUAGUAGCCGAGGCUAAAGCUGAGGUUGAAGCAGCUGCCCCAGAAGCAGAGGAAGAAGGAGAAGAGGAGGGUGGUGAGGAAGAAGAGGAUGCAAAAUCUGAUGAAGCGGAAGAAGGAGGAUCUGAAAAAGAAGAGGAAAAGAGUGAAAAGGAUGAGGGUGAGGAAGAAGGAGAAGAGGAGGCAGGUGAGGGAGAAGCACAGGAAGCUGAAGAGGAGACCAAGGAAGAACAGGAGUCAGAAGAGAAGGCUGAAGCUGAAGGUGUAGUGGAGGAAGCCAUUGCACCUGUGAAGGUAGAAAAGGUGAAAACAUCUCCACCAAAAUCUCCACCAAAGUCUCCUGCAGCAGAAGAGGCAGAGGAGAAGAAAGAAGCUGAAGGCGAAAGUGAAGACCAGAAGGAGGAUGAGCAGGGAGCUGGAGAGGAGGAAGCUGAAGAAGAGGAGAAGGCAGGGUCUCCAGCAAAGGCAGGUUCACCUGAGAAAGGAGAUUCACCAGAAAAAGCUGGUACCCCAGAAAAGGGUUCUCCAGAGAAGGCUGGGACUCCAGAGAAGGCAUCUCCAGAGAAGGCUGGGACUCCAGAGAAGGCAUCUCCAGAGAAGGCUGGGACUCCAGAAAAAGGGUCUCCAGAGAAGGCUGGGACUCCAGAAAAAGGAUCUCCAGAAAAGGCAGAUACUCCAGAGAAAGCAGGUACACCAGAAAAAGGAGCAUCGCCAGAGAAAGCUGGGACUCCAGAGAAGGCAGGUACACCAGAUAAAGCAGCAUCCCCAGAGAAAGCUGGGACUCCAGAGAAGGCCAGUACACCAGAUAAAGCAGCAUCUCCAGAGAAAGUAGGAUCCCCAGUGAAAGAAGAGGCUAUCCCAGCUUCCAAGGCAGCAAAAGUUGGUACCGAGAAAGAACACAAAGAAGAGAAGAAAGAAAAAAGUGAGAAGGCAUCAAAGGAAUCCACAAAAGAAGACAUAGCUAUAAAUGGAGAGGUGGAUGAGAAAGAAGAGGAUGAAGGCUCCAAGGCCAAGCAAGUGGAGGAGGAAGACAAAGGUGUUUUCACCAAUGGCCUGGAUGUUAGCCCAUCUGAAGAGGAGAAGAAGGGGAAGAGUGAAGAGAAAGUUGUGGUAACCAAAAAAGUAGAGAAAAUCACUAGUGAAGGGGAUGAUGGGACAACCACGUACAUCACCAAGUCAGUGACUGUCACCCAGAAGGUGGAAGAGCAUGAAGAAACGGUUGCUGAGAAAUUGGUGUCCACCAAGAAAGUAGAGAAGGUCACUUCACAUGCUGUAGUGAAAGAAGUUAAAGAGAGUGACUAGGAUAACCAAUUUUUUUCCCUUCAAAAGAGCUUGGGUCGGUGCAAAAGGUUAAGCCAUAUGACAGCCGCAAAAUGCAUGAAAGUGACAGCUUCAAAGCAGAAAGGGUUCUCUCGUGAAGUCUCCAGAAACACUCUAUUUUAUUUUUGAUUUAUUUUUGUGCAAUACCCAGGGUUUGGGGGGGAGGAAUGCAUGCAAGCCCAAGAUGCACUCCCUCUGCAGAACUUGGGGAAUUAAAAAAAAUGCAUGAGCUGUUAUCUUUACAGACGAAGUUGCUGAAUUUCCUAAGCUGCUGAUGGGACGUUUCUGAGGAAUGUCUUAAGAUGUAUUAUGCAAAGAACCAACUGAGCCAAAUACAAAUAAACAAUAAUAAGAGAAUGAAUGAAAAAAAACCAACAACAACCACCCAGAAUUCUCCUAGCCUUAAGCUACUUAAUAAUUAUGUUUACCUCACUGGUGCAAUUAAGAUGGACUUUUUGUUCAUGGGAGAACCUACCUUGACACGCACAGUAUGCAACCUUUUGUUGUUCGAUGUAAAGCAGUCACAGCAGUUCGUGCUCAAUAAAGGUCAUAUUGGA